AUGACGGAUAUUGAAACCGAGGUGGCAGGACCGGAUCCCGGACACGGAUGUGGUGGAUCGGACGGGAAUCCUCAGCAUCUACGCUACACUGAGACAGGUGUGUCUGCGCUGGAAAGGCUAGCUGGUGCGCAAUCGACGACGAGCGGUCACCCAAACGGCUCUUCUAUGGAGAUGUCGCCACAGGUUUCCGCCGACAAAGAAGUCAAGUCCGGUGCUAACGCUCAACCACCUCCCGAUCUGUUCACGAUGUCAGCAGACGCUCCAGACACAAGUCAGUGUUAUUGGACAUCUUCGGACUCAAUGCGCCAUCAGUAA